AUGGCUUGGGUCAAUGCCGUCGAUGGCGCUGCCUCUUGGCUUACCGCCAGAGCUACCAACGGCACUGUGACUUCGCAGGCCGGUAUCUUCGAGGGGCUCAAUCCGAGUAAAUGGAAUUCCGCGGACCCAAUCAUCCUCUUCAUCAUCCAGGCGACCAUCGUUAUCUCGCUGACUAGAGCGCUGUACUGGCCGCUGUCGAAGAUACGGGAGCCCAAAGUUAUUGCUGAAGUUAUCACCGGCGUGAUUCUUGGCCCGUCCAUCAUGGGCCGCAUCCCCGGCUUCACCGCUGCCAUUUUCCCCAAGGAGUCGAUGCCCUCCUUCAAGCUCGCUGCCAACCUUGGUUUGGUUCUCUUCCUCUUCCUGGUAGGACUUGAAAUCAACCUGAACUACCUCCUGAGCAACUGGCGCAUUGCCAUUAGCGUCGCUGCUCUCGACAUGACCAUUCCGUUCGGGCUGGGCGUGGCCGUCGCCUGGGGUUUAUACAAGGAGUUCGGCUCCGAGCCUGGCAUUAAAGAGGUGUCCUUUGGAGUAUAUGCCCUGUUCAUCGGUGUUGCCAUGGCCAUCACCGCCUUCCCCGUGCUUUGCCGUAUCUUGACCUCUCUGAAGCUGCUAAACACCAAUGUUGGUGUUAUUACUCUGUCGUCGGGCAUCGCCAACGACGUGGUUGGCUGGGUUCUUCUGGCCCUGUGCGUCACUCUUGUCAACUCCGGCGCAGGAGUCACCUCCGUCUACGUCCUUCUCGCUGCCGUCGGCUGGGCCUUGUUCCUGGCCUAUGCCGUUCGACCGGCCUUCAUGUGGACCCUGCGCCGGACACAGAGUCUCGAGAAGGGACCUUCUGAGGGUAUCGUGGCCCUGACCAUCUUGAUCGUGCUCGCGUCAGCCUUCUUUACCAGUGUCAUUGGUGUUCACUCCAUUUUCGGGGCUUUCAUGGUUGGGCUCAUGUGCCCUCACGAGGGUGGCUUUGCUAUCAAGCUGACUGAGAAGAUUGAAGAUCUUAUCUCGGCGCUUCUCGUCCCUCUCUUCUUCGCCAACGCUGGCCUCAGCACCAAUCUUUCCCUCCUAGACAACGGUGUCACCUGGGGCUACGUGAUUGCCAUCAUCGUCGUUGCCUUCCUGAGUAAGAUUGCUGGUGGGACCAUUGGUGCACGAAUGAACGGUCUGGUCUGGAGAGAAUCAUUCACAAUCGGGACUCUCAUGUCCUGCAAGGGUCUUGUGGAGCUCAUCGUCCUCAACAUUGGACUGGAGGCUAACAUCCUGAGCACGCGAACAUUCACCAUGUUUGUCGUCAUGGCCCUCAUCACCACCUUUGCUACGGCUCCUGCUGUUAGCUUCCUGUACCCCCCAGCCUACCAGCGCAAGCUGCAGCUGUGGAAGCAGGGCAGAAUCAACUGGGAUGGCACUCCCAUCCACCACGACGGAGACGACUCUGAUUCGGAUCAGAAGGAAGCUACCCAGAGGAUGUUCGUCUGGCUUCGUACGGAUGGCCUCUCCAGCCUACUCUCCGUCCUCGGCCUGUUCACAAACGGCCAGCGAGAUGGUCAAUCUCCACAGCUCUCUUCGAACGAGGACCACCCCGAAAAGGAACCCGCUACGAGCUCCCGCUCACCUCGGGAUCUUCUGCGCAUCCACGGACAUCGCCUGGUCGAGCUGAGCGAGAGAAACUCAUCAGUGAUGAAGGUGACCGAGAUCGAGGAAUACGCCAGCAACGACCCCAUCAUUAGGGCGUUUGGUACUUGCGCCAACAGCACCACUCGGGACGUUGUAGUCUCGGGCCAGCUCGCUGUCGUCCCUCAGCAUUCUUUCGCCGAGACUCUAGUAUCCGAGGCUUCAAAUAACAAGAGCGACCUGAUUGUCCUUCCCUGGAGCGAGACCGGAACCGCCUCUGAGCUGCAAUCCUUCUUCAGCGCGGCUCCCCGCGGUGACCUCUUGGCAAAUAGUGAAUUCUCCUCCCUGGUUGGCAAGAUUCUUGAUGACGCCCGGCCCCAGUCUGCUGUCGCUACCUUCAUCGACAGCCACCUGCUGCACCAAAGCGAGGGUGCCCCAGCUGGCCUGAAGAGAACGAGGACUGGCCUGUCUAUAACUGCUGCCUCUGAGGCUGAAGAUUCCACCGCUGUCAAGUUCUACUCAGCUGACGCAACCGCAAAGAAGCACAUCUAUGUUCUGUACGCCGGUGGCCUGGACGACAUCUACGCUGUCCGCCUUGGUAUCCAGCUCGCUCAAAACGACACAGUCAAGGUCACCAUUGUCGAUGCGUCAUCAAGCGACUCACCCGGCUAUGCGAGGUUCGGAACAAUCAAGGAUAGCUUGGACGCGAACCUGGCCGACCGCGUCCGCUUCGUGGACAUGGCCACGGCCCACGGUGGCAACGUCGGGCUGCUGGCCACUGGCCUGCUCGCCUCCCGAGCCGACACGACUCGGGAUACCAUCCUGAUCCUGGGACGCGCCGAGGGAGCUGUCUCGGAGCCUGUGGGCGCCGGGAGCGACGACCCGCACAAGGUGCUGGGACCAAUCGCGGCGGCCGUGGUCACCGAGAUGAAGAAGACCAAGGUUGCUAACACCAGCUUGAUGGUCGUUCAGGCUAGGCACACGCCUGAGAGCGAGGCGGCGCUGAGGAAGCUGAGCAUUGUCAGCCACAACUAA